UGCUAGCUGAGAUCACUUCAUCGUGAGUUUUUUCUUGCUCCCUUUUUUGGGGUUUCUUGAUAAUCCAAACCCACCGCGCGCCCCUCUUCCCCACUCACCUUGUCGUCACCUUUCAGCUUCUCUCAAAUCCAAUCCACCCUACCUAGUAGUUACCUCUUAAAAAUCCAAGAACCACAAGAUCCAAGAUCAUCCUAAUCGGCAUAAAUCGGCACGGUCCUAAUUUGUACAAGGACUCCCCACCCCUUCCUAUCUCUUCUGUCUUUGUCUUUAUUUCAUUGAAAGAAACAUAAAUGCAUUGUCAACUAACCUUUCGAGUUGUGAGUAGGCCGAAGAAGUGCAUCAUACUUUGACAUCGGGCUCCACCGUAUCUCCCCCAAGAUCCCGGCCCUCAACAUCCUACCCUAGGGCCCUGAUCUCACUCAUCUCGACUUUCGUGGGCCAACUACCUGGCAGGUCAGGAUCCUAAGAUGGCGGAUCAGCACGAAGUUGAUUUAGACUCCGUCAUCGACCGCCUCCUCGAGGUGCGCGGCAGCCGACCUGGUAAGCAGGUUCAACUUUUGGAGACCGAGAUUCGUUUUCUCUGCACGAAGGCCAGAGAAAUUUUCAUCAGUCAACCCAUUCUGCUAGAGCUAGAAGCGCCUAUCAAGAUCUGUGGUGAUAUUCAUGGCCAAUAUUACGAUCUCCUACGCUUAUUUGAAUAUGGAGGGUUCCCCCCAGAGGCGAACUACCUCUUCCUUGGUGACUACGUAGAUCGUGGUAAGCAGUCUUUGGAGACCAUCUGCCUCUUGCUCGCCUACAAGAUCAAGUACCCCGAGAACUUCUUCAUCUUGAGGGGUAACCACGAAUGUGCGUCCAUCAAUCGUAUCUACGGUUUCUACGACGAAUGCAAGCGCAGGUACAACAUUAAGCUAUGGAAGACGUUCACAGACUGCUUCAACUGCUUGCCAAUCGCUGCAAUUAUUGACGAGAAGAUCUUCACGAUGCAUGGCGGUCUCAGCCCUGAUCUUAACUCUAUGGAGCAGAUCCGCCGAGUGAUGCGACCAACGGACAUUCCUGACUGCGGUCUGCUUUGCGAUCUAUUAUGGUCUGAUCCUGACAAGGACAUCACAGGCUGGAGUGAAAAUGAUCGUGGUGUAUCUUUCACAUUUGGCCCUGAUGUUGUGUCUCGCUUCUUGCAAAAACACGACAUGGAUCUGAUCUGCCGUGCUCACCAAGUCGUGGAAGACGGUUACGAGUUCUUCUCAAAGCGACAGUUGGUCACUCUGUUCAGUGCACCCAAUUAUUGCGGCGAAUUCGACAAUGCCGGAGCAAUGAUGAGCGUAGACGAGAGUCUAUUAUGUUCCUUCCAAAUCCUCAAGCCUGCUGAGAAGAAACAAAAGUUCGGCCGCUCCCGAUAAAUUUGCUUCCUAAGCCCUCGCUCGAGUCCCGAUACUUGUCCUCGACCCACGAUCUUGUCGGUAUCAUAUCGUCUUUUUUUUUAGUUUACCCAGCAG